AUGGCCGAGGCAGAGCAAAGUGCAAAAGACCUCGAAGCGCUGCUCAAGCUGCAGAAGUUGCAGCAGCUCUUCCAAAAGACCAAGCCUCCGCCGCAGCCAACAGAGCCAGCACCUGCAAAAGCAGAGCCUGCUACAAAAGCGCCCGAGCUGCCCAAAGAGCCGCCAGCACCUCCACCUCCCACACCACCCCCCACGCCACCGCCACCACUGCCGGCAGCACCGCCCGAGCCGGCUCCUCCUCAGCCAUCUCCCGUUCAACCGCCUUUGCCCGAACCUGCACCACAACCAGCACCUCCUCCUGAGCCAGCUCCUGCGCCGCCUCCUGAACCAUCACCUCCGCCUGAGCCUGAGCCUGCACCUCCACCGGAGCCAUCAGCACCACCGGAGCCGUCAGCACCACCGGAGCCAUCAGCACCACCGGAGCCAUCAGCUCCGCCUGAGCCAGCCUCUGAGACAGGAGCCCCGCCACCAAAACCGGCGGAUGGAGAAACAGCUGCAACAGCGACGGAGAAGCCUCCGGAGACGGAAGCGGGCAAGCCGCCAGCGCGCAAAGCCUCAAGCUCAUCUUCUCCUUACGUCCGGCGCCACUUUCGCCGAUCGCCCUCUGGCAGGCGGCGGUCUCGCUCCCGACGGCGCUCGCGGUCACGGCGAGGGCGGCGCUCGCGGUCGCGCCGUGGUGGCCGGCGGUCACGGCGGCCCUCUCGCGAUCGGCGUCCUUCGAGGCCUUCACGGGCAACGCCAUCUCCCCUGAAAGAUCGCGCACGUGUGCGGAUCGAGGAAGAGAAGAAGGCCAAGCAAGCCGCAGAGGAGGCUGAAGCGGCACGGGCCGAAGCUGCCAAGAAGAAGGCAGAAGAGGAGGAGCAGAAGGAUGGGGCGCAAGCUGAAGGUCAGCCCGCGGAGGCCCAGAUUCCCUCGAACACGGCACAGGCCGCAAAGGAGAUCGCUGAGCGGCUGGCAAAGCAGACGCAGGAGGCCGCAGCGAAAGCAGCGGCAGAUAAGGAAGCGCAGACUGCAGCCAACCAGGCCAACAAAGAGGCAGAGGCGGCUUUGAUGGCACAGCAGUCCCAGCUCCAGCAGCAACAGAUGCUUUGGGACCCCCAGCAGCAGCUCAUGCAACAGCAGAUGCAGAUGGCGGAUCCUACGCAGGUCUAUGGUCAGGACCCGGCUCUCAUGCAGCAGGCAAUGCUUCAGCAGCAAGCUCUGAUGCAGGCAUAUGGCAUGGCUUGUGGCGGCUGUGCGAUGGGAAUGGAUCCCACUGCGUAUGCUGCAGCGAUGGGCAGUCCUUUCGCAGCACAGCAGGCCGUCUACAUGCAGGCGGGAUCUGGAAAGCAAUAUGGCACCGUCAAAGUCUUCAACCCAGACAAAGGCUUCGGCUUCGUCUCAUGUUCGUCAGUACAGGGCGACGUUUUCUUCCUCCGGUCAGAGCUGCCUCCGGAACUCCAGGCUCUGGUCGAGGAAAGACGGAUUGUCGGUCAGCCGGUGGCUUUUGACUUGAGCCUCGGGAAAGACACCCGACACCGUGCGACAAACAUGCAGGCGUGCACGAUGGAGAUGGUGCACGCUGCCAUGCAGAUGGCGCCGCAGCCGCAGGGAACUGCUGUGGAGGGCACCAUUAAGUCCUACAGCGACCGGCACGGCUACGGGUUUAUUUCCUCGCCUUCUUUGAACAGAGACGCGCAGUUCAAGACCGGCGAGCUGACAGCAGACCUGCAGGCCAUCGGGACGAAUCUCAUCGGAAGAACCAUCUCCUGCCAU